UCCGGAUCUUGUACUACCUCAACGAAGGAAGGAUCAAUGAGAACGUUGAGGUCGAUAUUUCCGUUCAACUACAUAGGAUCUUCUUGCUGGAUUCGCAUUUGGGUCAGAAUACACUAUACAGGUAUGGUUGGCGGAUCUAAAUGGCGCGAGUGGCGCGAGUCCUGGAGAAGGGCGCGCAAGAGGCCCACUCUGUAUAUCGACGUUAGAGGCUCAUUAAGUUCUUGCCAGCGUCGCUCCCGGAGCAGCUCAGUCGAGUCUCGGUAUUCUACGGUGUAAGCAAUCAGUCGACCGAGUUCUAGGCGAUGUAUAUGCUUUACAACCGUACUACCAAGUUUACUUGGACGUACAU